ACAAAUAAUUUACCAUGGAAGAAGAAGUAGCUGCCCUCGUUAUUGAUAAUGGUUCCGGCAUGUGCAAAGCUGGCUUCGCUGGUGAUGAUGCUCCUCGUGCCGUCUUUCCCUCUAUCGUCGGUCGUCCGCGCCACCAGGGUGUCAUGGUUGGUAUGGGACAGAAAGACUCUUACGUCGGCGAUGAGGCUCAAUCCAAGCGUGGUAUCUUAACGCUCAAGUACCCCAUCGAGCACGGCAUCGUCACGAACUGGGAUGACAUGGAGAAGAUCUGGCAUCACACUUUCUACAAUGAGCUUCGUGUAGCCCCGGAGGAGCACCCUGUCUUGCUCACCGAGGCUCCCCUCAACCCUAAAGCUAAUCGUGAAAAAAUGACCCAAAUCAUGUUCGAGACAUUCAAUGCACCUGCAUUCUAUGUCUCAAUUCAGGCUGUCUUGUCACUGUACGCUUCCGGUCGUACCACCGGUAUUGUCAUGGACUCUGGUGAUGGUGUCACCCACACUGUGCCUAUUUACGAAGGAUUCUCUCUUCCACACGCCAUUCUCCGUCUCGAUCUUGCUGGUCGUGAUCUCACUGACUGUCUCAUCAAGAACCUAACCGAGCGUGGUUACUCUUUCACGACGACCGCCGAACGUGAAAUCGUCCGCGAUAUCAAGGAGAAGCUGUGCUACGUCGCCCUUGACUUUGAGCAGGAGAUGCAAACUGCCGCACAAUCAUCAGCCCUCGAGAAAAGCUACGAACUUCCUGAUGGGCACGUCAUCACGAUCGGUAACGAGCGAUUCCGUGCACCCGAAGCUCUAUUCCAGCCUUCAUUCCUUGGUCUGGAAGCUGCGGGUAUCCAUGAAACGACGUACAACUCGAUCUUCAAGUGCGAUCUUGAUGUCCGUCGUGACUUGUAUGGUAACGUCGUCUUGUCGGGUGGUACUACCAUGUUCCCUGGCAUCGCCGAUCGUAUGCAGAAGGAAUUGACCUCGCUCUCGCCGUCAAGCAUGAAGGUCAAGAUCGUCGCUCCCCCCGAGCGGAAAUACUCUGUCUGGAUCGGUGGAUCCAUCUUGGCUUCACUGUCCACUUUCCAGAACCUGUGGUGUUCAAAGCAGGAGUACGACGAGUCCGGUCCUGGUAUCGUCCAUCGCAAGUGCUUCUAAACGUGAUCAAAGAGGCAGUGAAAAGGAAUCGUGUCUCCGCUGUACUAGAAUGACAUUGCUUUUGAUAUUUUACGACUAGAGACGCCCUCACAUAAGUUAAACCUGGAUGUUACAGUUUACUUUUACUCUUUUCAAUAGUUUUACGACACAUUUUCUUGAAUGUCUAUGGCCUUGCCGCACUGUCACCAUGUAGCGCAACAUAGCUCAUUACGUAACAGGUACUCAGGCCCAGGCCCACCAUCAUUUGAAGCUUUACUAAGCGAGUUUCCGCAAUGU